AUGCUGCCUUUCGCUGACUUGGAGCAGGAUGAGCUCAGGGACCUCUUGGGCACGCAGGUCAUCGUCGAUUUCCCCUUCAAUGUUCAAGGCCCGAUCCCAUACCCAUUGCACUUUCCUUCCGAGCUGGUAGUCGAGGUGUUCAUGCACAUUUUGACACCGUUUACCCAGGACUGUGCCCAGCGCCAUCGCUUCAAGACACUGCGAUGUGUCUGUAGACAUUGGCGGGAGGUCGCGUUUUCGACUGCCAAGUUAUGGUCAAAAAUUACCCUGGAUAGCUCCGAUUGGAAUAACCGCAAAAAAGUGCUUCUAGUAGGGGCCCGGAUGCGUGGCUGGUUCGACAGAGCGAAGGCGUCCCCUCUUUCUCUCUACAUCCAGAAUGCACCUUUUUGCCUCAGCCACGUAUACCCCAUCAUCACAGAGGAUCGAAAUUGGUCCGACAUCCACAUAUCGUUCGCCCGCAGGUAUCGUUACCAUGUUGACAUGAGCAGCCUCCUCGAUGGGCUCAGGGACGCUCCGUACCAUCCGUGGAGGAAUCUUCAAGCUCUAUAUAUGCACUAUAGGACCGGUUCUCUUCACUCCGGUACUCCUGCUUACCCCUGCUUGCACCCUGUUGACCAGCAUCUUCCCAAUCUCGAAAGCCUUGACACAACGAGCCUCAUUUUGUCCCGUAUCGCCUUCACUCCUGGCACCAUCUUACACCCUACUCUGACGACCUUCAAAAUCAUCCUAUGCAGGCCCCAAGAAAUCAAAUGGUGUAUUGAGAAGAUUGUGCCAAACCUUCCUGCCCUGGAAACGUUGGUGUUGGAGCAGUCGUACUUCAAUGCGAAUGAGCGUCUCCCUGGCGAGGAUUGGGGCUACGAAUCAGACCGAGAAAUGUCUGGCCCAGACUUCCCUGAACGCAUUCAGCACCCCAAAAUCCGUCAUUUCACUUUGGUUUAUGGCUAUUUGACCACACUUCGAUUCUUCACACUUCCUGCCCUGCGAAUCUUGAAGCUUGUUGGAGCCAGUCGGUGCUACGACUUCAACCCCGGGCUCGAGAAUUUCUUCUCGUUGCUCACUCGAUCGGGAUGCAGACUGGAGGAGUUGGACAUCUCCCAUUUGCACCUGCACGGUUCUCUACUGAGCCUGUUCCUCCGGAGACUCGAUGAACGGGUCAGGACACUGUCCUCUCUUUCCUUCCACAGCGCGAACUUCAACAACCAUCUACUCCAUGACCUUUCGAGCUCAGAUCCGGACCUCGUGAAACCACUUGCAUUUCCAAUGCUCAAGCGAUUAGAAUUGAAUAUCUUGGGAAGUGGAAGAAGGCUCCCCCUUCAAGAUUUCAUCAAGUGGUUCCACCUUAGGAAGGCGGCCCAGAAGAUACCAACCGACUCUCAGUCCGACGACGGAGGUCGAGAGGAGCCAAGCGUUUUCCGACUAGUAUUCAGAGCCCAGAGCGGAAUCACUGUGGACCGGGCGUUUAUCAAACAACGCAUGGAGGACCUGUGGGAUAUUGAGAAGGAGGCUCUAUCGCAAAUGCCGAAGCUGGGGAUCCGUGUUUUUGUGGAAGGCAUUGAUCUAUACGAGUUUGCAUUUGAGGGGGGUUGGUUGACUGGUUAA